AUGAACCACACAAUCGUAGUACUCCUACUUGUGGCCACUCUUUCCUGGAGUGCUGACGCUUUUGCUUUCGGAUAUGGAUUCCCUGCACUCCGUCUCGGCUUCGGCAAAUUCGGCUACAGCGGUCUGGGAUAUGGAGGGCUGGGGUACGGAGCCCUGCCCUUUGGUGGGCUAGGAUAUGGAGGGCUGGGAUACGGAGGGCUGGGAUACGGCGGGCUGGGAUAUGGUGGGCUGGGAUAUGGUGGGCUGUACGGCGGCUUGCUAGGUAAGUGA